UAUCACAUCCAUUCCUCAAUUCCUUUUUUCCAGCAAUAAGAAUAUCUUCUUUAUUCCAGGUUCAGGGAGGGGACUUACUAUAAGGGAGUUUUAUUCCCUGCUUUCAGGAAUUAAAAAAAAAGGAGGGUCAGAGUGCCCUUCCUACAUCUACUGCUUCUCAGGUGCAUUUAGUACAAAAUAAUCAGUAUGUCGAAGCAGCGCAUUUUGAGGUGACAUGCUCUGAACUCCUCCUAUCUUGCUACCUUUGUGAGGUCCAACUGUUCCCGCUGCUCACUGCUGUCAAUCUUUCAAACCUGUCCUCAUUCUAGCAUUUACCUGUCGGGUUCAACUUGGGGGCUCCUGUCAUAUGCAUUACAUAGCUUGUUACUUUCAAAAUAUGCCAUCUUGUAGUGUGAAUAUCUAAUGCACUUAUUUGUCUUAUAUCCCAACUAGACUGCAAACUCUUUAAAUACUUGACUCAUUUGGUGAACAUCCACAAAUGUGUAAUUUUUAAAAACGCAUCAUUUUGGACGCUGAAACUGGUAUGCACAGUCACCACUGUAGUCACUGGAGUUAAUGAGAAUAUUAUAGUGUAAUUAAAUUGAAUGAUCAUUAUGUACUGGGCAUAAUUUUAAAUUUCUUACAGGUUUAAUUCAUGAGAUUGGAAUCAUCCUUCACGGUUUGCUUUCUCUCACAUCCCGUCUCUAAUCCAUCCAACUCAAUCGACUCUACCUUGAAGAGAGAGAGACCUGGACUCCUCCUCCUUGUCACCGAAUUGACUCGCACCAUCCUGGUUCCAGGCUCCAUCAUAUACCUCCUCACUAGUGCAAGAGACUCCUCAUCGGUGUAGUCUUUUUAAAGUGUUAAGUCAUACUUUUCUGUUCAAAACCCUGUGGCGGUCACGGACUUCACUCAAAGUAAACAGCAGUUCUUUGUGUCCUACAAGACCCUAUGUGAUCUUCCUCGUCCCUCCAUCACAUGAACCCCAUCUCCGGCUUCCUGCCUUGUUCGCUCUGCUACCACCACACCCGCCAGCCCUGUUCUUGCACCAACACCUAACAGAUGCAGGGCCUUGGCUCUAGCUUUUCCUCCUGCCUGGAGCACACCCUAGUCACCCACAGCUAAGUGUCCUCUUUUAAGUUGGCUGAUUCUCACCUUCCCAGUAGGUCCUACCUCGCCUUUCCCCCCUACUCCCUGAGUCCUUCCCACUUCCUGAAUGCUUUCAGUCUCUAUUUUCUUUUUCCAUACCACUUAUCACUUUUUUUUUUUUUUUUUAACAUCCCAAAGAACUUUUCUUUUAACCUGCAUAUUGUCUGCUCUACCCACCCGAUGUAGACGCCAGGAGGCUGGGGAUCCCUGGUUUUAUUCACGGAUGUAUCCCAGAGCCCAAUCAGUGCCUGGUACAGGAGAGGCAUUCAAUAAACAAACAGCUAGCGAAUUAAUUUGGAAGCUAGCGUUUCCUUCUGCAAGGCCAGUGCUCUUCCGGGAGGGGCCUUCUCCGGCUUCCUGGCUUCUGCACAACGCAUAAGGGCCAAGGGAGCUUCGCGGUCAGGAGGCUACGUCCAGAUUUCGGUUGACAGGGCAGAAGCAAUGUAAGGUGAAACCAAACAAAACAAGACACUGCAGGGUGCCGUGCGUUUCUUGCAGGUGGCCGAGGAGGUAAAGGCCAACUUCUUCUCCCCCUGCAUGUUCAAAGGGCGUCGGUGCGCGCACACUAACUCGGACCGUUCUCCUCCCGAAACAAACGCCACCGCCGCCGCCCGGGGUCCUCAGCCCUCAGCCGCGCGGCCCGUGCCCUUCCCCGGGCAGCUUCCGGGCCCUCACUUAGGUGGUCAGGCCGUGCCCGAGCAUCCUUGUCGGCCAGGCCAGGAGGUCUCGCCGUCGCAGGGACAAGACGGCGAUGCAGAGCCGCGCCGCGCCCAGGAGUCCCGCAGGCAGCCGCGCGGGGGGUGGCGCGGGGCGGCGGACACGGCGGCGGACAGGCAGCGACACGGCCGCCCGCGCGAGGCCCCGGGGCACGUCACAGCGGCACGACGACUACCCCCCGGCCCCGCCCACGCCCGCCGCACGCACGCGCACUGCGCCCGGCAUGAGGGUCGCUGCUCUGAUCAGUGGUGGGAAGGAUAGCUGUUAUAAUAUGAUGCAAUGCAUUGUUGCUGGGCAUCAAAUUGUUGCUUUAGCAAAUCUGAGACCAGCUGAAAACCAGGUGGGGUCAGAUGAACUGGAUAGCUACAUGUAUCAGACAGUGGGUCAUCAUGCCAUUGAUUUGUAUGCAGAAGCGAUGGCUCUUCCCCUCUAUCGCCACACCAUAAGAGGAAGGAGUGUGGAUACAGGAAGAGUGUACACAGAAUGUGAAGGUGAUGAGGUUGAAGAUCUCUAUGAGCUUUUGAAACUUGUUAAGGAAAAAGAAGAAGUAGAAGGGAUAUCAGUAGGUGCUAUACUCUCUGACUAUCAGCGUGUUCGAGUGGAAAAUGUGUGUAAAAGGCUUAAUCUCCAGCCUUUAGCUUACCUUUGGCAAAGAAACCAGGAAGAUUUGCUCCGAGAGAUGAUAUCAUCUAACAUUCAAGCAAUCAUCAUCAAAGUAGCAGCUUUGGGUUUAGAUCCAGAUAAGCAUCUUGGAAAAACUCUGGAUCAAAUGGAACCUUAUCUCUUAGAGCUUUCUAAGAAGUAUGGAGUCCAUGUUUGUGGAGAAGGUGGAGAGUAUGAAACAUUCACUUUGGAUUGCCCUCUAUUUAAGAAGAAAAUAAUUGUUGAUUCAUCAGAAGUGGUCAUACAUUCAGCUGAUGCAUUUGCACCUGUUGCUUAUCUACGCUUUUUGGAAUUGCACUUGGAGGACAAGGUGUCCCCGGUGUCUGACAACUGCAGAACAUCUAACUAUAUACAUCAUUCUUGAAGAGCAUUUUUGGACAUUGUUUACUAAGCUGCCAUCUCUAUAUGAAAAAGACCACAUAGCAUUUUCUUAGCUUUCUUAUGUCCAGCUUCUUCUCUGCAUUUUUUUAUUCUUACAAAUAUAUAUCUUUAUCAGAAGAGGUUAAUAGAAACAUUGAUUAAUUGGGGAAAUGUGAAAGUCUCAUUCUUUAUUAUUGGCGACUUCCUCAGGAUUCACUUUCUCUAACUUUUGUUACUCUGUACUGUCCAUGACCUGUACAUGAUCUGUGCCCGUUUUUCCCCUUUUACUUCAUCUCUAACUCUCAUUUCUGGAACAUUUCUUUGCUUUCAUCACAGUUUUAUUUCCCUUCUUCUCUCUUUCCUGCUUUCAUCUCUGCCAGUAAUAUAAUGAUGCAGAGCAUUUGAAUAUUAGAAUGAAAAGGCAAUUACUUUAUUUAGCCAAUCAAGUUUAUUCUACUGGCUGUUACUGACAUGACUUGUCAUUUUUGUUUUGGUAUAGUAUUCAUAUUAUCAACAGUAUUGGGCAAUUAAGAAGAAUAUUGGUAAAUCAUAGUCUAUUUUAUAACAUUGAAGAAUGCAGUUCUUAUACCCAAUGGUAAAAAGACAAUCUCUUCAAUAAAUGGGUGUUUGGGAAACUGGACAGCAACAUACAAAGGAAUGAAACUGGACCACUUUCUUAAACCAUACACAAAAACAAAUUCAAAAUAUAUUAAAGACCUGGAACCAUAGAAAUCCCAGACAAGAACAUAGGCAGUAACCUCUUUGACAUUGGCUAUAGCAACUUUUUUCUAGAUCUAUCUUUUGAGGCAAGGGAAGCAAGGGAAAAAAUAAACUACUGGGACUACAUCAAAAUAAAAAGCUUUUACACACCCAAAAGAACAGUCAACAAAACUAAAAGGCAACCUAUGGGAUAGGAGAAGAUAUUUGCAAAUGACAUAUCUGAUUAAGGGUUAGUAUCUGAAAUAUGUAAAGAACUUAUGAAACUCAACACCCAAAAAAACAAAUAAUCAAAUUAAAAAACAGGCAGAACACAUGAACAGACAUUUCUCCAAAGAAGACAUGCAGGUGGCCAACAGACACAUGAAAAGUUGUUCAACAUCAUUCAUCAGCAGGGAAAUGUAAAUCAAAACUACAAUGAGGUAAUCACCUCAUAUCUGUCCAAAUGUCUAAAAUCAACAAUACAAGAAACUGCAGGUGUUGGUGAGGAUGUGGAGAAAGGGGAACGAUCUUAAAUUGGUGGGAAUGCAAACUGGUGCAGCCACUCUAGAAACAGUGUAGAGGUUUAUCAAAAAGUUAAAAAUAGAACUACUGUAUAAUCCAGCAAUUGCACACUGGUAUUUACCCAAAGAAUAUGAAAAUAUUAAUUCAAUGAGAUACAGGCACUCCAGUAUUUAUAGCAACAUUAUCUACAAUAGCCAAGUUAUGAAAAAACAAAAUAUUGAUAUUAUCCGUGCUGACCGUAGACAACUUUGAAUAGACUUAUUUUUUUUACAACAGGUUUGGAUUCACAGCAAAAUUGAGCAGAAGGAACAGAAAGUUCCCAUAUGCCCACAUGAACAGCCUUUCCCUACAAUCAAUAUCUGGCAUCCAAGUGGCCAUUUGUUACAGUCAAUGAACCCACAUCAACAGGUCAU